AUGUCGCUCCGUCUCUGGUCCGGCCUCGCAAGUGCUGCUAGGGCAGCGUGCGCCCCGCCGCUUGCCGCCCGCGCCAACCUCCGCAGCCUGAGUACCACGGCACAGCUCGCGCGUCUCGUCGCCCCUCCACCGCCCACCACAGCGGCCGCUUCGCCGCUCUCCAAGCUGCGCUUCGCUUGGCCCAGAACCCCUGCUGCGGCGCCAACAGCGUCCUCUUCCACCCCAUUGGCAUCUCCCUUCUCGUUCACGUCGUCGUUCUUCCGCCGCGCGUUCAGCUCGUCGCCUGCGCGGGCCGUGCGCGACACCUACUUCCCCCGGAGUAGCCGAAGGAGCUCUGGCGGCGGCUGGGGCGGCGGCGGCGGACAGCGCAGACCGCCGAGCUGGUGGAGAAAUUUCCGGUAUCGCCUCGACGCCAUCUCGCCCAACGGCAUCACGUAUGCCCUCAUCGGCAUCAACACGGCCGUCUUCCUGCUCUGGCAGUAUGGCUACAGUUCCUAUCAACGAUUCCAGGACCCAUCAACCCUCAUCUUCAUGACCAAGAACUUUGUCCUCUCCGAGAUGAACAUUCUCCAGGGCCGCAUCUGGACCCUCAUCACCUCGUGCUUCAGCCACCAGAACUCGACGCACAUCUUGUUCAACAUGCUCAGUCUGUACUUCAUUGCCCCAUCGGUCGCCGGCCUUAUCGGCACGUCGGCCUUCCUCGGGCUCUACCUCGGUGGCGGUAUUGUCUCGUCCCUCAUCUCGCUCGCCGCGAAGCGCUACUACGGCGACAAGAACGGCACCGUCGGCGCCUCGGGUGCAGUCCUCGCCACUCUCGCAUUCUUCGGCACCAUCUUCCCCCGGUCCACCUUCCUCGUCUUCUUCAUCGUCCCCAUGCCAGCCUGGGCCCUCAUCGGUGGCAUGCUUGCUUGGGACCUGUAUGGAACACUUUCACACCGCCAGACCCGGAUCGACUCGGCUGGCCAUGUGGGUGGCAUCCUCGCCGGUGUGCUCUACGCCCUGCGCGUCCGUCGCCGUGGUGUGUCAAGAGGAAUUCGGUGGUAG